AAUGGAUACAGCUGGCGAUGCUUUCCAUAGGGGAACGACCACACGGUGCCAAUGUGGACUCGCCCAGCUGGAGCAUUCACAUUCGCCAAUUGCCCCCAGGUGGCUCAGAGCUCAAGUGUCCGUGCGUUUAUCAGUUGGAGGUGAUCGGGUGUUCAGCGCUGCGCAACCGCCAACACACCUACUGCGCCUUUCGAUCACCUUCAUCCGGCUAACCGCCGUAGCUCCUCAUGGCCCUGCGCAAGUCCAUUUCGCUGCCAAUCGGACCACCCACCAAGCUGCGACGCCGCAAGUCGCUCCAGGAGCAACAAAUGAGCCGCUCGUUCUCGUUCCCCAAGCGCCGCGUAGAACGGCAAACGCAGCGCCUCACGCCGACGCAGACAUUCGAGCAGACGCUGCUCGAUAAUGUCCACGUGGAGUUUAUCAAAGCUGUGGUGCCCGGCCAGAACAAGCUUGCCAGUCCGCGCUACGUCAUGCGUAUCAGUAACACAGCGCUGGACCAAACGUGGGAAAUGGCAAGGACCUUUAAGGAAUUUUACGAGCUCAAAGAAGAAAUUGCCAGCGUGCUCGACUACGGCCACUUCUGUCCGUCCAACUGUCCGUGGCUCUACAUGUACGCAGCGCACCACUUUCCACGCCGCCGCAUCUUCCGAUCAAGGAGCCCAAGUGUGAUUUCUGGACGCCUGUCGGAGUUGCAGACGUAUUUCUCGACGCUGCUGCGUAUGGCCAAGCAGAACCGCAACUUGGAAUGCUCCGUAUCGUCCACCAAGCUACCACAGCUCAUCUAUGACUUCCUGUUCGAGGGCAUGGUCUUCGAUCGCUCGGAUUUUAUGCGGUUGAGCGAGCGCCUCACUAUUGGUGGAAGAGAUAGCAGCUUUCUCGACAACGACCCGACGCAAGAUCCGGAGGAAUGUUUUAUCUGUCGCAAGGCGCUCGUCGGCGACGACACGGUGUCAAUUGUGCCAGCAGCUCCAAGUAGCAAAAGGGGCCCUUCAGACGUCAACAAAAAGGUCGACAAGCACGUGAGAGCUGGUCUAACCACGCUAGACUGCGGCCAUUGCUUCCACGACGAGUGUAUCCUCGCGAAACUUAAUGAGUCGCUGACUUGUCCACUCUGCAUUGCACACUCGAGCCCACCUCAAUCCGGCAUCGCUGCUGCUUAACUACAACCCUCUACUGUAUAGCGUAGCUUGAAAGGCCUUAUGUGUAUGUUCAUAAUUGAAAUGGGAAAGUCAUUUGCUAUUGUGAUGUCGCUGUAGC